AUGAUGGAGGACGAGGAGGGCUACACGGUUUUGAACCUGCGUCCCAAGCGUGGCAGAUCGGAUGGCCCGUCCCCAGUGGGGAACCAAGGUUCCCGCCAGUGUCCUGGCUGGCUUCAGGUCGCUCUAGGGGCUGGGAAUCUCAUCCUGUCUGUGAUAUUGCUGGCAGUGUGUGUUUCCCACUUGGUGUCUGAGAAGGGACAGACCCCGGCAGCCCCUGGGAGUGACGGUGCCGGGAGCAGAGAUACACUGACAGCCCCUGGGGGCGCAGACCCCAGCACAGCAGAAUGCAGCACCUGCCUGGAGCGUUUCCGAUCCCAGCUGUGCCACCCGGCCCCGCCCGGCCCAGCAGGGGGCUCUGGGUGCAAACUCUGCCCCACGGACUGGCGGCUGCGCGGGGACAAGUGCUACGGGGUUGUCAGAGGAAGUAAAACGUGGAGUGAGAGCCGCGCCAACUGCUCAGCGAGGGGCUCCCAGCUGCUGGUGAUCCGGGACCCCGAGGAGCUGGAGUUCCUAAAGGACCUGACACAAAGUUCACAUCUGUUCUGGAUCGGACUGUCCAUCUCCUCCCCGGAGAAGGCCUGGACCUGGCUGGACGGCUCCCGGCUGGAUCAGACCCUGUUCCCGGUGUCAGGCCCGGCUGAGGGGAACAGCUGUGGGGCGGUGAAGGGGAAUCAGAUUCAUUCUGAAACCUGCAGCUCUGCAUUUCAGUGGAUUUGCCAGAUAGACGCUGUCCUGCUCUGAGCAGGGUGUGGAAGAGACCUCAGAGCGCGGCCCUGUUAUCCCCACAUCACAUAGGGGGAAACUGAGACACAGACACUGACCUGCCCAAAUUACACCGAGAAUUGUUGGCAAGAUGGGAAAUGGAACCCAGGCGUCCUGGCUCCCAGCCCACCUCCCUCUAACCCACUAGCCCCUCCCCCUCUCCCAGAGCUGGGAAUAGAACCCAGGCAUCCUGACGCCCAAUCGUACCUCAGCCUAGAGAAGAGC